AUGGCGCUGCGUGCGUCACGCAGAGUCACGCACCACAUGACCCCCUCCUCUCCGCCGCAGACAGUGUUCCAGAGGAGGAGGGGGCGUCCUCACAUCUUCAUCAGCGGCCUGCAGAUGCGUGAGGAGCCGCGGGCUGGAUUUGAUAUGUCGCAGGGACGCACUGAAGGAAACCAGUGUCAUGAAGUGAUGGCAGCGCGACCACAGCCAACAUUCAGCGCCCACAGAUCACUACAGAUGGACCGGCUACACACCUGA